AUGACCAUCCGACAAGCUUCGUCUCAGCCAUGUCCUGAAAGCAAAGAGCAGAGCUGCUGCAGCGAUGGUUAUGGUCUUAACUACACUCUACCAUUGUUUGGCCAAUGCCUUACGACUAGGCAAGAAGAUGGGUCCAUGGUGCAGACGAUCCCAAAGCUCAUCCCAGCAUUUUCUCUCGGUGAUACCCAAUGCAGGAGGAAGAACAAACAUGGUAUCCCUCCAGGGACAAGAGUUUGUCGCGUUCCAGAUUGCAUGAAAGAACCCUGUUCCAGUGGUUGGUGUGAGGAGACUAUGACUGGCUUCCACUGUCACGUCUUGGAGAGUAAUGUAACACCACGUAACACCACGACUUUGUCAUCGGACAUUACCACUUCUACCGGACCCUCAUCUUCACCAGAGUCGGACAGUUCAACCACGACCUUAGAGCCUGUCGCAAGAUGUCCAGAUGACUGGGUGGAAGGACGUAUCAGCAACAAAUGCUACCUUCUCGAUCCUGAGGGAUCCUGGGUCUCAUGGUAUCAAGCAAGAAACAUUUGUGCAGACAUCAAUGUAACAAACCCGAAGGGUCGCGUCAUCCACGCACAGCUUCUUGUCUUGGAGAGCAACGACGAGAUGUUAGAAUUGAGGCAGAACUUAAUAGAUUCCUUUGAGCUUUGGUAUGAUCGGUUGAGGAAUUCAGACCGAGUAUGGCUCAAUUGCAACGAUAUGGAGAAGGAAGGGACAUAUUACUGUGAUACGAACGGCGAAAGCAUCCCAAUGCAAUACUUUAGUAAGUGUUCUACUGGAAUGCCGGGCAACCAAGCGAUGAUGGCACUGGUGACAAUCCAAAGGACUGUGUUUCGACGUGGAACUAUUGGCCGUUUCGGUGGACUUUACAGGAUUACUCCUGUGAAAGCUAUUCCAAAACUGUUUGUGAAAUUACCAGAUUCGGGGAAAAUUCCACUAAGUCAACCCAGUCAGCGGCUGAAUCUUCAAAAAGUACUUUUCCUUCAGUUGCUACCUCUCCCCCUCAAUCCUCGACGCCCCAAGAAGGUAUAA